AUGAAACUUCUAACCACUGGUAUGGCGGCACUUGCCGUCGCCGUUGGCGUCAAGGCGUACAAUUCGUCUCUGGACAUCAGCUCGAACGCUACAGCUAUGAAUUCUUCCGUGGGCAACGAACCCGGUCGCCCACUCAUUCAUCUCACGCCCAACGUGGGCUGGAUGAACGACCCCAACGGGUUGUUUUACGACGAGGAAACGUCUGUGUGGCACACUUACUACCAGUUUAAUCCAAACGACAACGUCUGGGGUCUUCCUUUGUACUGGGGACAUGCUUCCUCAAAGGAUUUGAUUAACUGGGAAAAUCACGGCGUCGCUAUUGAACCUGAAAAUGACAAAAAUGGAGCCUUUUCUGGAUCCAUUGUCGUCGACCGCAACAACACCUCUGGUUUCUUCGACAACUCGACCGCUCCCGGCCAAAGAAUCGUCGCCUUGUACACUGAGCAGAGCACCGUGGGUGAGUCGCAAUACGCUGCGUACUCUCUUGAUGGAGGCUACUCGUUCCAGUAUUACGAGCAAAACCCAGUCUUGGAUAUCAACUCUACUCAAUUUAGAGACCCCAAGGUAUUCUGGCACGACGAAACCGAGCGCUGGAUCAUGACUUUGGCUCUAUCGCAAGAAUACAAAAUUCAAAUCUACACCUCUGAAAACUUGAAGUCGUGGGAACUCCAAUCCAACUUCUCUCACCAUGGUAUUCUCGGCUACCAGUACGAAUGCCCAGGUUUGGCCAAGGUGCCCGUUGUCCAUGACAGUCCAUCGAACGUCACCGUGUCCAACAACAACUUGACCACCGUGGACCACAAAUGGGUAAUGUUCCUCAGUAUCAACCCUGGCGCUCCUAUGGGUGGUUCUUUCAACGAAUACUUCAUUGGUGAUUUCGACGGUAAGACAUUCACGGCCGACGACGCUGCCACUCGUGUGGUCGACAUGGGCAAAGACUUUUACGCCAUGCAGACUUUCUCAGACGCUCCUAAUGGCGACGUCAUUGGUCUAGCAUGGGCCUCCAACUGGGACUAUUCGGCUUAUGUGCCAACUGAAGUCUGGAGAUCAUCGAUGUCUCUCGCUCGUAACUUGACCUUGCGUCCUAACAGCCCUAACCCAGAAACCACACAAUUGGCCUUGUACAGCGAGCCUUUGAUUGACUACAGCGCAUUGAGCACCAACCAGUCCAUGCGCAAGACUUCGUUGGAAUUGAGCUCGGAGGAAACCGUCACUUACCGUCUGGCGAAGGCUGCCGAGGGUCUACUAGAGUUCUCCCUAGAGUGGAAAGUAAACUCAUCCGCUUUGCCCUCUAAGCACGAAUUUGCUGACAUGUCCAUUUACUUGAGAGGUGUUGAAGAUGACGACGAAUAUUUGAGAUUGGGAUACGAGGUCAAUGCGGCUGCGUUUUUCCUUGACAGAGGCAACUCUGAAGAGGACUUUGUCAACUCCAACCCACUCUUCACCACCAGACUUGCACACUUCAUUGAAAUCUUCAGAGUCGCCGAAGAUGGGUUGCCUAUCUACAAAGUCCGUGGUAUUAUUGACAGAAACAUCAUAGAGCUGUUCAUCAAUGACGGAUCCUUGACUUCAACCAACUUGUUUUUCUUGAGCGAGGAGAACUACUUGGGAAUCGUUGAGCUAUCUUCCAAUGUUGACGAUGUCUUCACUAUUUUGAACUUCGAAGUCAAGCAACUAGGUCUCAAGGACGAGUAG